CCUUGGAGCUCUGCUGCAGCAGGUUGAAAACAAACAGAAGGAAAAUACUUUUAAAAACUAAAUGUUAAGCUGCAGAAAAUAGAGCCACUGGAAUUUCUGGAGUAUAAGUUGGUUCAAAGUGGGAUUAGGCAGACUCACAGAGGAUUUGCCCAGUACAGACUCUUAACAGUGACAUUGUCAGUGCAACUCAAGCCGAGUGGUUCUUCAGCAGCUGAGUCCUGCCUGAUCAGAGGAUAAGCUGAAGAGGAACAUCCUUUUAGUUAUGUUUCUUAUACUCUCUCCUCAGGUGUCCAUUCUUGGUGUGAAUAGGAACAGGAUACUCGAGUACGUGGUCCUUUCAUUGGACUGAGUGCAGUAGUCCUUAGCUUUGCACGUCCCAAGAGGAGGUUUUGGGUCCUUCACCAGAACGUGUGAGCUGUUCUGCUGGGAGGAUUCUGAUGAAAGGGGACAGCACCUCGAACACACGGGCGAGCUCAGGGCUUCCAACCAGAGUGUGCAAGUGAGUGGUCUUAGAGCAGAGUCUGGGAUCUGCAGAAAGGUCUGCCUGUCCCAGCCACAUACCAAUAGUUUGGAAUUGCCUUAAUCUGCAGAAUACUUGUUCUCUUUAAGAUUUUUGUUGGUCAGUGAUGUCGCCAUUAAUGUCAGAGUUUUGUCUUUUCAUUGUAAUGCCCAGAGCUUGAAAGCAGUGUUAAUGUGUGCACUGCUGAAAGCAGAUGCCUUUGGUCUACUUGUAGAACACAAAUUGCAUGGCACGUUCACAGAUUAAUUGUUGCUUGCAUUAUCCUCUGGAAGGGAAUACCCAAAUGGAUUUGUUUCCAGGAUCUGUUUCUACCAAGCAAAGCCUAGGCCAGCUGAAUGUGGCAAAUACUGUAGGAAGUCAGCUUAGUGGUUCAUUGCAGACUCAUACCAAGUGUCUGAGGUGAUUUUGAGGAAUAUGUUAGCCUUAUUAGGUAUACCUAUAAAUAAACUUUCCUUAUUCGUCUGGGUGGCUUGUCAUGUUUUUGCUUAUUGUUGUAGGGUCUACUGUCUGUCUGGGGGACAUCUUUGAGCAGGAGGCAUUGUUUGUAUUCUGAGCAGCAGAAAAAAAUGUGUUUAUCAUCUUGGGAGGGUUCUCAUUUGCUUCAAAUCCCUAGGACCCUUCUUUCAUAUGUCUUUGUUUCUAUUUCACUUUGUUCUUCUUUCUGUCAGCCACCCUAAAACACGUAUUAGAUCUUGUAAUGCUCUGGAAUUAUUCUAGAAGUUUUGUCUCCUCUUGUAACUAAAAGUAAACAGAAUCACCAAAGUCUUUAGUGAUGAAACUUGCUGGGCAUCUCAGAAGAUUACAUUUCCUGUGGUUUAUGUUCAUGAUUGUGGGAACAGUGCUUAUCUGCCACCAGGAAACAGAAAACUUCACUGUGUUUUAAGAUAAAAUAAGGAAACAGUGGCUUUGAAAUCCAGAUGUUUGGUAUGAUUUCACUAAACUCCUGCUUGAGUGAGGUUCAGAAGUUGGGUACAUUCUUUGUCUGAAUAUGUCCUGUUUAGUUCUGAGCAAACCAUUUGUGAGUGAGACUUGGUUAUCAUUUCAGAACAAAGGAUAUGAAGAAAGAAUUAAACAGCUAUCACCGGUGAAAUUAUUUCAGGCUUCCUCCUUCAUUGAUAUAGAUGAGUUAUGCUCAUAGUAAGCCCCAGUUGACAGGAACACUGGAUUUCUGGUUCAGGGCUUAUAACAGUGCCAAAUUUAGAAUUAGAAUUGCUCUGAUAGGGAGGGGUAGGUUGGUGCCACAUCUUUUGAUUCUAGUGCCUUUCUUGUAGCGUCUACCUACAGCCUGUUUUGGGGACGUGAUGCUACUUGAAGUCUUACUCUGCCUUACCACUUGUAGACUGCAGCUCCUACUCCCUUUCCCUCUUCAGGUUUGUCAACCAUUCUCUCUUUGUGGGGGUAUAAUUCAUUUUUAGACAAUAUUACUUGUCUCAUCUCAAAGCCUUGACCUUUCUGUCUUGUGAUAAUGCCGAGCAUGAGGAGCUGGGCUGUAACUUUCCCUCUGAGGCUGGCAGUCUGCACCACACCUUCCUGCUCAAGAGCACUGUCUGUGCCCUGCAAAGUCACACUGGUCUUUUUCCUGACUCUGCAUUGCGUGCUUGUGUCUACUUUGCUACUUGUUCUUCUUCUUAUGACUGCUUUUAGUGUCAGACUUUCUUCUUGCCACUCUCCAGAACUCCUCCCCGUUCUAACUUAAGCUUUUCCAAUUGUUCUGUGUCUGAAUAUUAGCCCACGUAGUUUUGGGGCUAUGCAGUAGCUGUAGUUACACUGUAACAUUGUUUUUAUCUGUCCUCUGGCAAAAUUAAUGCAUCUUGUCAUCCUCUAUCUUGUUAAGGCUACGGGGCUUUAUUUCUACCUCUAUUUAAGAGAGGUUUAAGAGCAAAGAUAUUUUAAAACUAAAAGAUGUGUUAGCUCCAUGAGAACAGAUCAAGAGAAAGGACAUACCAGAUUAUUUGGAUAGAGAGGAAGGCGAGGAUGGAGAUGUCAGACACCACAGAACAGCUGUGUGGAACCUCCUGAAUUGGUACUCAAUUUCUGAUACCCCCCUGUGUCACUGAGCAUAAAGAAGUCUGUUUGCCGUGCUCUGGUGAGGUGUGUGAGGGCUGUAGAGUUCCCCAAAGUCUGCUGUACUGGACUACUGCAUCCUGCUGCUGCUGUUUGGCUUUAGAUUUUUGUGCUCUCACAAGCAGAAGUGACCUGCUAGUGUCUGGUAUCCUGGUUGUGGCUGGCAGCAUUCCUGGGCCUUGUCUUACUCCAGCCGUGUUCAGAACAGUGGACAGUUCAUGUGCUGUGUUUGACUGCUUUUCAUUAACUUGCAAGUCUUUCUCUCAUUUCCAGUUGCCAUCUUCUAAAUGGAUUCCAGUGAAUUUUCAGGAUCUGUGGACCCCCUGUCCUUGCCUGACAAACCGCUUAUUGGAGAUCUCCCUGCUGACAUGGAGUUUGGUGAAGAUCUCCUGGGCUCCCAAACAGCUUCCACCCAGGAAGCUUCAGUUCUUCAGCCCCCUGGCUGGGAUCAAUCCAAGCAGAUGACUGCAGAUGGGGACUUGGACCUUCUAGUGAAAGCAGACAGCCUGUCCGAACUAAAUAAAUCAAAUGACCAUGUUCUAGAUAAACCUAAUGUCUUGGAUAUGCUGGAGAAACCUGUCUUAGAUGACUUGGAUAAAACUGCUGACUUGAUGGAGCAGGAUAAACCUGAGGGUCUGGAUGAACUAUGUAAGGCACAUCCUUCCCAGGACGUGGAAGAUGGACCAUCAGACUCCUCUGCCCUUUCUAGAGAAGCCCUUGUUCCAGAAACAUGGAAAGAAGGGGAGGAUGCACCAAAAAAUUGUUCUGGGGACCUAAAGGAAGAUGGUGCUGCUGCUAUUCCUGCACUGCCUGGUGACAAGGCCCCUGAAUCACCUCGAAAACCCAUUCCUGACUCUGGGAACCUCAGCAGUGCCCCAGCCACGGAAGAAACCACAGCACAGUCCUCAAGUCCAGCAAUGCCCCCACCCCAGCUCAGUCUUAAACAGACAAAGAAGAUGAAGUUGAAAGCACCAAGGAAAAGCUCACCCCUGCAGAGGGAAGGGCUGGCAGGGGAAGCAGAGGUGGAACCGGUCCCAGACAGCAGAACUGCAGCUUUGCCCCCUGAGCCUAUGGAGGAAAACCGGGCAGAGGGAGGGGAUGAUAGUGGGAAAAACUCACUUAAAGAAAAUAGUGUACUCAAAGCACAGGAAGCCUCAGCACCAGCAGGAGAAAGCCUGUCUGGGAAGGGGAGCGAGCUGCCAGCUGAGAAGGAGCAGAAAAGAAGUGAACGACCCAGAAGAUCAGAAACUGCCAGGCCUGAAACUGUGAACUCCUCUGAGAGCAUUCCAGUGUCUGACGAAGACUCUGAUGCAAUGGUGGAUGAUCCCAACGAUGAGGAUUUCGUUCCUUUCCGCACGCGGCGCUCGACCCGCAUGUCCCUGCGCACCCAGAUGGCCCAGCGAGCCGCCCGCUCCACCUUCACCAAGAUGACCUGUGCCAACUGCAGGACCCCCCUGCAGAAGGGCCAAACCGCCUACCAGCGCAAAGGGCUUCCUCAGCUCUUCUGCUCCAGCUCCUGCCUCACCACCUUCUCAAAAAAACCACCUGGCAAGAAGAUAUGCACCUUCUGCAAAAAGGAGAUCUGGAACACCAAGGACUCUGUGGUUGCCCAGAUUGGUUCAGGUGGCUCUUUCCAUGAGUUCUGCACCUCUGUCUGCCUUUCCCUCUACGAGGCCCAGCAGCACAGACCAGCACCUCAGUCUGCAGAUGCCUCGGACACCAGCCGCUGCAGUGUUUGCCACAAACCUGGCGAGAUCCAGCACGAGGUCAGCAACGGGAGCGUGGUUCACCGCAUCUGCAGUGACGCCUGCUUCACCAAGUUCCGGGCCACCAAGGGGCUGAAGACAAACUGCUGUGACAACUGUGGACUUUAUAUCUACAACAAGGGCUUGCCCCUGGAGUACCUCUUCCACGAAGGCCAGCAAAAACGGUUUUGCAACUCUACGUGUCUCAACAGUUACAAGAAGAAGAACACUCGGGUCUACCCCUGCAUGUGGUGCAAGACGCUGUGCAAGAACUUUGACAUGCUGCCCAACGUGGAUCGCAGUGGCAAGAUGGGCCUGUUCUGCUCCAUUUGCUGCACUACCUCCCACAAAGUGAAGCAGUCAGGCUUAGUCGGUCCCCCUAGACCCUGCAGCUUCUGCAGAAAGAGCUUAUCUGAACCCUGCUAUUACAACAAGACAGACCGGGUUGUCUACCAGUUCUGCAGUCCCAGCUGCUGGACCAAAUUCCAGCGCACCAGCCCGGAAGGUGGGAUCCACCUCAACUGCCAUUACUGCCACAAUCUUUUCAGCGGGAAGCCAGAGAUCCUAGACUGGCAGGACAAGGUGUAUCAGUUCUGCUGCAAGGACUGCUGCGAGGACUUCAAGCGGCUGCGUGGGGUGGUGUCCCAGUGUGAGCACUGCAAGCAGGAGAAGCUGCUGCAUGAGAAGAUCCGUUUCUCUGGAGUGGAGAAGAACUUCUGCAGCGAAGGGUGUGUGCUUCUUUACAAACAGGAUUUCACCAAGAACCUGGGCCUGUGCUGCAUCACCUGCACCUACUGUUCUCAGACCUGCCAGCGGGCGGUCACCGAGCAGCUGGAGGGCAGCACCUGGGACUUCUGUAGUGAAGACUGCAAAAGCAAAUACUUGCUCUGGUACUUCAAGGCAGCUCGGUGCCAUGCCUGCAAGCGUCAGGGGAAGCUGCUGGAAACCAUCCACUGGCGGGGGCAAAUCAAACACUUCUGCAACCAGCAGUGUCUGCUGCGAUUUUACAAUCAACAGAACCAGCCCAACCUGGACACGCAGAAGGGGCCCGAGAGCCUGCUGAACAGUCAGACUUCAGAUCCAAAACCAGCUGUCCCUUCCCCACAGAAGACAGAGACUAACAUGCUGUCAGCAAAGGCCUCCUCAGCCCAGACAUCUUCAGCUGCGCCGCCUCCCGCCCCACCAGUGGUUCCAGCCACCCCUCGGAAAAACAAAGCUGCCAUGUGUAAACCACUGAUGCAGAACCGGGGCGUUUCCUGCAAGUUAGAAAUGAAGUCCAAAGGAUGUCAGACAGAGGCUGACUGGAAGCCCCAGGUGGUUGUAUUGCCAAUCCCCGUCCCGAUCUUCGUGCCUGUGCCUAUGCAUAUGUACUGCCAGAAAGUACCUGUGCCUUUCUCCAUGCCUGUCCCGGUGCCUGUGCCAAUGUUCCUGCCCACCACCCUGGAAAGCACAGAGAAGAUUGUGGAGACCAUUGAGGAACUGAAAGUGAAGAUCCCCUCCAAUCCCCUGGAAGCUGACAUCCUGGCCAUGGCUGAGAUGAUUGCAGAGGCUGAGGAACUAGACAAGGCCUCCUCGGACCUGUGUGACCUGGUGAGUAACCAGAGUGCAGAGGGUCUCCUGGAGGACUGUGAUCUGUUCGGACCAGCACGGGACGAUGUGUUGGCUAUGGCUGUCAAGAUGGCAAAUGUCCUCGAUGAGCCGGGCCAGGAUCUGGAGGCUGACUUCCCUAAGAACCCUCUAGACAUCAACCCCAGUGUGGACUUCCUCUUUGACUGUGGGCUGGUGGGACCAGAUGAUGUGUCCACAGAGCAAGAUCUGCCUCGAGCUGUCCGAAAGGGGCAGAAGCGCCUGGUGCUCUCUGAAAGCUGUUCCCGGGACUCAAUGAGCAGCCAGCCCAGCUGUACAGUCCUGAACUACUCGUAUGGAGUGAAUGCCUGGAAGUCCUGGGUGCAAGCCAAGUACGCAGGAGGAGAGACCAGCAAGGGAGAGGAGCUACGCUUUGGCCCCAAGCCCAUGAGGAUCAAGGAGGACAUCUUAGCCUGCUCAGCAGCUGAGCUCAACUAUGGCCUGGCCCAGUUUGUCAAGGAGAUAACACGGCCCAACGGGGAGCGCUAUGAACCCGACAGCAUCUAUUACCUCUGCCUUGGCAUCCAACAGUACCUGCUCGAGAACAAUCGUAUGGUGAAUAUAUUUACAGACCUUUACUACCUGACCUUCGUGCAGGAGCUGAACAAGUCCCUGAGUGGCUGGCAACCCACAGUCUUACCAAAUAACACUGUUUUCUCCCGUGUCGAGGAGGAGCACCUCUGGGAGUGCAAACAGCUGGGUGUUUACUCACCCUUUGUGCUGCUGAACACCCUCAUGUUCUUCAAUACUAAGUUCUUCGGGCUGCAGACAGCGGAGGAGCACAUGCAGCUCUCCUUCACCAACGUCGUGCGCCAGUCCCGCAAGUGCACCACUGCCCGUGGCGUGACAAAGGUGGUGAGCAUCCGCUACUAUGCUCCUGCCAAGCAGAAGAAAAGCCGAGAUGGUGGCUCUGGAAAACGGAAGCGUGAGGAGGAGGUACCGAUGUUGGAGCAGCGGGAGAACAGGAUGAACCCCCUCCGAUGCCCAGUCAAGUUCUAUGAGUUCUAUCUCUCCAAAUGCCCCGAGAGUCUGCGGAACCGCAACGAUGUGUUCUACCUGCAGCCCGAGCGGUCCUGCAUCGCCGAGUCCCCGCUGUGGUACUCGGUGAUCCCCAUGGACCGCAGCAUGAUGGAGAGCAUGCUGAACCGCAUCCUGGCCGUCAGGGAGAUCUACGAGGAGCACAGUCGGCUCAGCAGCCUGGAGGAUGACAUGGACUAAGAGCGAGGUGCUGCUGGGCUGGCUGCGCUCCAGCCCUGGACACCCCAUCUUCCUGCCUCCCGCUGCAGGGCAGGGGCCGUGCAGCACGGGAGGGGAUGGUGCUGCAGCAGUGCUGUCCCUUCAUCAUUACCAGACUUGGACAUCCCAUCCUGCUUGUUACAGGCCUCCCUUACAUACGUGGCCCUCAUGCUCAGCUCUACCUCCUCCUUUUGGCUGCUGGGUGAACCAUCUUUCCCAGGGCCAGUUCCCAUGGCACAGGGGUGGCAGAGUCCCUGGGGCACCUGCCCUCACCUUUGUCCGCCCUACCCCCAACCCUGCCACUCCCCCCCUCUUCCCCUGCCCCAGGGCAGGAAUCUCACAAGGCAGCAGUGCACCAUCAGACCAGUGGCCCCAAAGCUUUUAUUUCCCUCUUCAUCAUU